AUGGGUGUGCUCUAAGAGCCCCCUGCAUCCUUGGAGUGGCUCUGCAGGGGGAGCGCCGAUGGAGGGCUGUAGGCAGAGGGGGGCAUGCAGCUCAAAGAUCCAACAGAGGAGCAGGCCAGCAGUUCUGGCCCAGAUGGAUCCUGGUCCUAGCUCCAGUCACUCCAGCCAGGUCCAGGUCUCUGGCAUGACAAGACCUCUGGGGCUCAGAUUCCCCACUGCCAGUGCUCUCUGUGACCCCAGGUUGCCCAGAGACCAUGGCGUGGAGCAGGUGGAAGGAGCAGGUGCAGGGGCCAAGUCUGGCCCUGCUGGGCAGCAGGAUCUGCAGCAGACCUGGGAAGAGCUGGAGUUGCUGAAGGAGAAGUUCAGCAGGCUGCAGGAGGACUAUUCCAACACCCAACGCACCAACCAGCUGCUGGAGGAGAAACUUCACCUCAUUGCUCAGAGCAUGGCAGCUGAGAAACAAACCCUGAACCAGCACAUUACUGAGCUGCUCGAGAGGCUUAUUAGUGCCCAGAACACCAUCUGCACGCUGGAGAGACUCAACAUCUCGACGCUGCUGUCAGAAUCAGCGGGGAAGCACCGUCACAUGGAGAAGGCCAGUUCCGCCGACAGCCUCUACUCCCUGCACAUCUCUGACGUGGCGCCCCCUCCCGCCUUCAUGGACAGUGCCUCCGAUACCCACACCACCACCCCCAGCCAGUCUGACUCGGCCACAGAGGCCAACAAGCCGGACUGCAGCUCUGAGUCAGACACAGCCAUGCCCAACGGAGACAGGACUCCGGUGCCCAACUACCACAGCCUCCCAUCCCCGGGGCAGCUGGAAAGCCAUGGGAAAACCACGGCCUUCACGCCGUGGAAGCAGCAGUGCCCUGGAGAGCUGCUGGAGCACGUCAACUCGACAGAAAGUGAGUGCAGUGCGGAGGAAGGGGCCCAGGUCCAUGCCCUCCCCAUGCCACACUUCCUCUACCUGAGGCAGGAGGCGCUGGUGGCUCCCUCAGUGCCCACCGUGCCGCCCACUGAUGCCCUGCGCCCUCCGUCCCCGCAGGGCCUGCUGCUCGGUGGGCGGCUGGAGCUAGUGCCGGUGCCAGAGCUCAGCAGCACCGACAGCUCCGAUGGGGAUGAGGCCUGGAGCCAGGGCCUAGGGGAGAAGGAGCCAGGGGUGUCUCUGGAUUACCAGUCAGCUCAGAAGAUCCUGGACAGCCUGCUGAGGCAGCACCAACACCUGGAGAAGGAGCCGGCGAAGGCGAGUGGAGGGGGCUAUCAGGACAGGAGCGAGAUGGGCCAGGCCAAGGGGCACCAGCGCCGGAUUCGCUACUACUGGGACUUCCAGAGUCCGGGCAAGGAGCAGCCCCUGCUGCAUCAGCCCCAGCAUGGAGGAGGGUCCCUUCCCCGGGCCAAGGGCGAGAAGGUGUUGCAAAGGGAGCAGGAGUGUGGGGAUGGGGUGAUGGACUCCACGCUGCUGUAAGGGGACCCAUAGGCAGAUGAGACCCCUGCCCCACAGCCACUUCACUGUCUACCUCCUGCUGCCCCCUACCACUUCACUGUCUACCCCCUCACCACGGCAAGGAGCCCAGGGGAUCAGGGGUGCCCCACUGAGCAUAGGGAACUGUAGUCUGGGUUUGCUACAGACUGCCUGGGGGACAGACAGAACCAGAGAGGGGGUGGGGGGGACACAUUGACCCAGAGAGAUCUGUGGGGAGAGGACAGACAGACAGGCCAGAGAAAUGAGAGGAAACAGCUAGAGAUAGAUACCCAGAGGGAUGGGUUGGGGGAUGGACAGACAGAACCAGAAAUGGUGGGGGAAGGGGAUGGGGACAGACCCAAAUAGAAA